CUUUCUUCUCCACUUUGCAGGAUGCACAGUUGAGUUUUCCUCUCAAAUCCAAAAGGAUGAAAAGAAAGGGAGAGAAAAGGGCUGAUGCAGAAACAGCUCAGGUGCUGCGUGCCUCUCGAGAGGGUCUUGGGCUUUCUAGUCUUCAGGAGAAAAGCUGGUCUCGGUCAAAACCCUUCUCCUUGGAGAAAGCAGUAAUGGAAAUGCCAGGAAAGAUACCCUUCGUUCAGGAACCGGUGACCUUUGAGGAUGUGGCUGUAUAUUUCACUAAGGAGGAGUGGAACCUUCUGGAUCCAAAACAAAUGGCUUUAUACAGAGAGGUGAUGAUGGAGAACUAUGAGAACAUAUCCUCUCUUGUCCCAAAGCCAGAGCUCAUUUCCCAGAUGGAGCAGAAGAGAGAGCUGUGGGUGCCCGAUGCCCAGGACUGGGGUGAAGUGGAAAAUUCCAAAAUCAGAUCAGGCCAUUUAUUGGAUACCUGCAGCCAAACAUACCUCUGUACCAAGUGUGAGAAGUGUUUCAAACACCGAUUGGAUCUUGCAAGACACUGGCGAACCCACCUGGAGGAAGAAUGUCAUAGCAGAGGGAAUACUUACGACCCCAUCAUUUUGGGGAAACAUCUUGCCCAAAAGAUGGCUCUUUUGGUUCGCAGCAGUGUCCACAAUGAGAAAAAACGAUCUGAAUAUGAAAACUCUGGGAAAUAUUUUGUUGGCAGUUCGGACCUUUCAAGAGAUGGGAGAUUACAGAGUGGAAAAGAGCCAUUGAAGUGUCAGACGUGCGGGAAAUGUUUUGCUCGUAAAGCUUACCUUAUCAGACACGAGAGAGUCCACACAGGGGAGAAACCCUUUCCAUGCCAGAACUGUGAGAAAUGCUUUGCUUCCAAGGGAGACCUUGCGAGCCAUCAGCGAGUCCACACAGGAGAGAAACCGUACAAGUGUGACACAUGUGAGAAGUGGUUUUCUUCCAAGUCCUACCUUGUGAUACACCAGCGAAUCCAUGCAGGAGAGAAACCGUACAAAUGCCAGGACUGUGAGAAAUGGUUUGUUUCCAAGGCUGACCUCCUGAUACACCAAAGAGUCCACACCGGAGAGAAACCGUACAAAUGCCAAGAGUGCGGCAAAGGUUUCAUUUCUGGGUCUGAUCUCGUGAGGCACCGGAGAGUCCACACAGGAGAGAAGCCGUACGCGUGCAAGGAGUGUACAAAAUGUUUUGCUUCCAAGACAGAACUUGUGAGGCACCUGAGAGGCCACAGUGGGGAGAAACCAUACCUGUGCAAGGAGUGUGGGAAACGUUUUGUUUAUAGCUCCAAUCUUGCAACUCACCAGAGAACCCACACGGGAGAGAAACCGUACAAGUGCCAGGAAUGUGGGAAAGGUUUUGGUUACAAGGCGUACCUUGUGACACACCAGAGGCUCCAUACGGGAGAGAAACCAUUCAAAUGCCAGGAAUGUGGGAAAGAUUUUGCUUCCAAGGCCGAACUUGUGAGGCAUGAGAGAGUCCACACUGGAGAGAAACCCUACGAAUGCCAGGAAUGUGGGAAAAAAUUUGCACGGAAAUCCAUCCUCAUGCACCACUCUUCUCUUCACACAGGCGAGAAACCCUACGAAUGCCAGGAAUGCGGGAAAUGUUUCAUUUUGAAUUCUCUCCUUGUGUAUCACCAGAGAACCCACACAGGGGAUAAACCUUACGAAUGCCAUGAAUGCGGCAAGCGGUUUGCUCUCAGUGCACCGCUGCUGAGGCACCAAAGGCUGCACACGGGAGAGAAACCCUUCAGGUGUGAGGAGUGUGGAAACAGCUUUGUGCACAAGUCGGCCCUCGUGACGCACCGCCGAGUCCACACGGGAGAGAAGCCAUGGAAGUGCCAGGACUGCGGGAAGUGUUUUUCUCGCAGCUCACAGCUUGUGAUCCACCAGAGAGUCCACACAGGAGAGAAACCCUACAAAUGUGAGGAGUGUGGGAGAAGUUUUGCUGCUUAUUCCUCAUUGGCUGGCCACCAAAAACUCCACACUGGAGAGAAGCCGUACAAAUGCCAGAAGUGUGGGAAAUGCUUUGUAUCCGACUGCCGGGCCCACCUGGUUAUCCAUGAAAGAACCCACACAGGAGAGAAACCCCACAAAUGCUCUGCUUGCGGAAAGAGCUUCGCCCGGAAAGAGUCGCUUAUAAUCCACGAGCGAUUCCAUACUGGUGAGAAGCCAUAUAAGUGCUCCACCUGCGGCAAAACCUUCAGCGAUAAAAUCGGCCGCCUCAUCCAUGAAAGGACCCACACUGGAGAGACGCCAUAUAAAUGCUCGGAGUGUGGCAAAAGCUUCGGCACACGCUGCAACCUCCUGAGGCACCGGAGAGUGCACACGGGAGAGAAACCGUACAAAUGCUCUGAUUGUGGGCAGAGUUUCAGGUACAGACCGCAAUUGGUGAUUCAUGAAGGAAUCCACAAAGGAGAGAAGCCGUACAAGUGUGCCGAGUGUGGAGAGAGCUUUAGCCAGACUCGGCACCUCGUUAUACACAAAUGGACCCACACUGGGGAAAGACCCCACAAAUGUGCCGUCUGCAGCAAAAGCUUCAACCAGAAAUCGGACCUUAUUACGCACAUGAGGACCCACACAGGGGAGAAACCGUACGUCUGCGUAGAGUGUGGAAAGAGCUUCAUUUCUAGCUGCCAGCUCCGAAAGCAUGAGCGUAUCCACACGGGCGAGAAGCCGUAUCAGUGCUCCGAGUGCGGCAAGUGUUUCACAUACAGCUCCCACCUCACUACACACAAACGGACACACACAGGGGAGAAGCCAUACCAGUGUCCCGACUGCGGCAAGUGCUUCAUCUCGAGCUCUCAUUUAACCGCACACACACGGACGCACACAGGCGAGAAACCGUAUCAGUGUUCGUACUGCGGCAACGGCUUCAUUCAAAGAUCACAACUCGCUAAGCAUGAAAGGUCGCACACAGGGGAGAAGCCCUAUGUAUGUUCUGAGUGUGGCCAAAGUUUCCAGUGGAGCCAAGGGCUCAAAAAGCACAUGCGGACGCACACUGGAGAGAAGCCAUACAAGUGCCCGGAGUGCAAGAAAACAUUCUCCACUUCCUCAAACCUUUCUAGGCACCAGAAAAUCCAUACCAGGGAUAGACAAUAGAGGCUCUUAGAAAAGGGAUGAAAACCCAGUAGCUCUGUGGAUGUUGCUGGACUGCAUCUCCUAUCAGCCUUUACCUGCAUAGGCCAUGGUUGUUAGGGAAAACUACCCUAAAUAUAGCGGAGCAUCCAAAAAUCAAACAGGAUACUAAAAGUUGAGCAUUCAGCUCAUUAGCAAGCAGAGUGUGAAGUGUCGUGUGAUGUGGCUGUAAAGAAUUCAGAGCUUAGGAGGUAAACAUGCAGAGUCUAAUCUUAAAAAAUGAUAAAAGGUUUAUUUACAACUAGCUGUCCCCUGCCACGCGUUGCUGUGGCCCAGUCUGGUGAUCUGGAAAAUAAAGUAAUGAGAAAGUGUUGGCUUCUAA